AUGAGUGCCCCGCCUGGACCCCCACCAGCAACGUACACUGGCCCAGUCAUCGACCACGCCUUCCUCUGGCACGUCUUCGACAACAUCCUCUCGCAUGCGUCGCUCGACUUCUUCCGCAACCUUCGUGGCACCAGCAAGGAGAUGUACCACCGCGCCAACGCGGUGCUCUACAAGCACGUCUGCAUCUCUGUCGUUCCCGACAACAACAACCCCGGCCUCCCACUCGUGCUGUUUAGGCAGCCGUACCGUGGACGCGUCCUCCCCGGGCUGCGGUGGGACAUUGACCGCGACCAAACUCUCGCACGCCUACGAGAGCACUGUCGUAUUGUCGAUGACGGAGACAGUGCGGGCGGAUUGUGGCACCUGAGUUCCCCAGCGAGGCUCGAGACGAUCGGCGCGCUUAGCCUGCUCUAUGCCCUUCGGCCCCAAGUGGUCCGCGCAGCUGGGCUGGACAAGGAUGGGCGCCCGUACCCAGGAUGGGCACAAGCGGUGCGCAACGUCACUCGACACCGCGCCCGCCCAACUGAAGAUGGAGAUAACGGCGUGUCCGAUCUCGACCCCAACAACGAAAUGCACCAAGCCAUCGCCGCCACGCGGGCCGUGAAAUUCGGACACGUCCCCACCUCGCUGCCCCUCCUCCCGGACAUCACCAGCAUUGUCUUCACCACAGUAACAGCGGACGAGGACCCCGUGGUGCCCAUGUACGCUGCGCCGCCCACGACCACGCGCCUCAUCGCCAAUGUCUCGUUUUCUCCAACGGCAGGGACUUUCUCGCAUGAUAUUGAAUACACCCGUUUCCCCCGCGGCCUCACGGAGGUCAUCAUCCUCGUCCAGGUCCCGCCGACCGACUUGACCUGGAUGUGGGUCGGCGGCUACCCGGGCCACUUAGGUGUUCUACAGUCUAUCGCUACGCGCGUGGCGUAUCACCUACGCCCGGAGCACUCCAUCACGCUUGUCGGCGUCGAGCAAAUGGAGCCGGCCUUCUACGGCAUCGGGAAGCUCAACCUCUCCGCGCCGUGGGGUGCACGCAGACACGCGCUCAUGCAGCGGAUUGGUGCGAUGAUGCACCGAAUUGCUGCGUAUUCGCCCUCAUGGUGGGGUGGGGGACAGCCAAUGCAGCAGGCCCAGGCCCAGGCCCAGGCCCAGCCAGCAGUGGCGGCGCAGGUGUCGCUCAACCAGCAGCAGCUGCCGGUCGACAAUGCAGCCACCGUCAACCGGAACCCCCCUACCUGGCGCCUUCUCACUUUCGCCGAGUGGCGUGCCGAGGUCGGGGACGAGCUCUUCGCACUCGCCACUGUUGCGCCCUGGGACGAGUGGGCUGAGCACCUGCCACACACGACUGUGAGCAUGGGACGGUAG